AUGUAGAGCAACUCGAACCCUAUGAUGUUUGUAGAUCAGAAAAUGCUAUAGACUUUCCAAGCAACCAUGCAAUUGCCCCCGAAUGUGAUUAUGCCUCCUCAGUCUGAAUAUAUUUAGAGACAGUUAGAUCAAGCACGAAAAAGUCUCAGAACUUCUAACCCUGGCAAUAGAAGAAGUAUCAAAUCUCUAAAAACCAGAGCAUAGAGCUAACUAGACCAAAACAAUCAUAUUUAUGCUCAGAAAUAAACAAGGGUAUAACAACAGGGGUUAAGCUACAACUCUUCUAGCCAGAAACGUCCAUCACUUUAGAUUAGCAAUCAAACCACUUAACAACCUAAGUAAUCUGCUAAACUCCAGAAGUCCCAGAGUAGCUAAGAAUUACUGUCUAAAAAUAAAGCUAAAGCAAAUGCAAGGGAAGGUAAGGCUUAAAACAUCUAGAUAGAAGUGAUAAAAGAAUUCGAAUUUAAGGAUACAGAGACAAAGCCAAAUGAUACCCCAGCAGGGUCAAAAUUCAAAUUUAAUUUACAGCCUCUAAAGAUAUCAUUGAUUUCUUCCCCAAAAGAAAAUGAUAAGUUAACUGAUUCAUCUUCAAAGAGAGACAACCCUCAUAGCAAAGACCAAGAUUAAGAGAAAUAGGAUAAAGUUGCUCCCUUAGAUGGGUAAAAACGACCAAGUAUAUUGGCUUCAUUUUAAAGUGCUUAUCUGAACAUCAAUCCUGAAAAAUCAAAAGAUGUGUCAAUAAUAUCUUAAUCACUCAAGAAUUUAAUGUUUGGAAAGAAAACGACUGGAUCACCUUAUAAUCCAAUGAGAAGCAGUCCUUAUUAAUCCUAAAAGACACAAGGAAGAUCUAAUCCUUUGGAUAAUCUUGACACAUCAAUCAGCAGUGGUCCUGGUGCUUUUAAACUAGCUCCACCCUCUACAAAUGAAAUAAUCUUAAGAUCUCGACUUGCAGUGGUUGAUAGAAUGAAUGAAAACCUGAGUGAAGAUGACGAUGUUUACAACGACGAGUCUUUAUUUAUGCACUCCUUAAUAUCUACAAAUGAGAUCAUAACUAAUCAAAUAUUUGAAAGAGUGUUUCUUAAUGAUCUAAGUGGAAUUAAGAAGCUGUUUGAAGGUUUCUAGACAUUUUAUGAUAAGAAAAAGAAAUGUAAUCUAAGAGAUCUCUACAAGAGAACCUGUCUGUUUUAUAGUUUGUUUCACAACAACUCUUACGACAUGGUAGAGUUCCUUGUUCAGAGUGGAUGUGAUACUUUGUACUUGGACUGCAAAGGCAGAACAGUGCUUCAUUACGCUUGCAUUCUUGGCUGCGAUAAGAAAAUCAUAUAAUUCUUGAUUGAUUACAGCAAAGAACUGGACUAGUUCAGAGCUCAUACAAAGGAGGCCAUGGAGGAGUUUAAGAACAGACCCAUCAAGAAUUUCGACAUGACUCCAUCGACUUAGGAUAUUAUGAAGCAGAUAGAACUUUGGAAGCUCGGGAUUACUACUCAGCCUUCAGAGUAAGUAAGGGGAAAGAAGAAGGCAAAUAACUGUGUGAGCUUAUUAGAGUAUCACGCAAUGGGGCAUCAAACAAGCAAACUUCGAGAAUACUUUCAAGCUAAAGUGGAUAAGGAAUUGCUGAAGCAACAGAGAUAAGCCUAGAUAUUUACUAAAGAACAGGAGGAGCUGUUUAAGCGGUUGAAGUUUGAAAAGAAGUAUAAGAAGACUGAUGAGUACAUUGAAAGCUUGAUAUAAUUUGUAAACUUGGUUGACAACAAAGGCAUGACUGCUCUGCACUAUUGUGUUAAGAAUGGUCAGGAAGAACUGAUAAAGUGUCUCGUAUCUAAUUAAGCUAAUCUACUUAUCAGAGAUUAUAAGCUGAGAAUGCCAGUUGACUGCAAUAUAAAGAAUGAUCAAGAAAUAAAUGCAAUUUUGAGAGCUCAGAGAUUAGUGUUCGAGGAUGACUAUACUAAAAUGAAGAAAUCGAAGAAUACUAAUGAAGUUAAGAAGUCCAUUAAUAUGUUCAUUGAUGAGCCAUCCAGACUGACCACUAUGAAAUUUCUACAAAAGAGAAGGCUAGUCAUAGAUUAGAAGAACCUAGCCUCUAAAAAUAAUAACUCACUGGAGCAAUUCAUUUACGGUCUCUACAAGGACAAUGUCUUGACCUACUUAAUGAGAAUCAAUGACUACCAAACUUUUGACUACAUUCUAAAAAGAGGUGUGUCUCCUUUGGCAUCCAACGAGAACGACAUGAAUGCUAUUCACUUGGCAAUUAAGCUGGAGAAGAUGAAUUUCCUAAGCUACCUGCUUGAAGGGGAUUUUGAUGGCUAUCUGAAUGAUGGAUUUAGUGAAGAAAUUAUCCAAUAGAAAUAUGAAAACAUCCUGGCAAAACUUAAUGAAAAGGAAAGGUAUGAAAAGAAGGAGUGGAUUCUCUAGUCAUUAAAGGGUCUUGAUAGAUGCACACUGAACGAGGGAUUUACUCCUUUAAUUCUUGCUUUGAAGAGUGAGAAGUAGGAGGUCUCUCAUUACAUUAUGCAAAUAGCAUAUGUUAGAGAAAGGCUAAGGCAGGACGAAAGCACUAAUACUGAUAUUCGGAGGGAAUUCUCAAAGUUAGAAGAUUUUAUCCAGUACUCAGAUAAAAAGUAAAAGACAGCACUUCUGACUUCAGCUUAGCAUGGCCAUUUAGAAUGCUUCUAGGCCUUAUUCAAGAUGGGUGCUAACUUCUAUGGAUAAUGUGCUAAACUCAACAAUGCUUUGCACUAUGGAAUAAUGAGUGAAAAUGAGAAGUUGAUUUAGUACAUAUCUUGGUCAGAUGCAGAGAACUCUACUGGCUAUGGAUACAUGCACAACCAAAGAAAUAUAAGAGGCAUGAUACCGAUCGACUAUGACAGGAAGAAGAGGUUCUAUGAUACUAUCUAUCAUGUUUGGGAGUCAGCGUCAAUCUUAAAAAGCGGUACUGCUUUUGAUAGACUUAAUCAGCUGAUCAAGAAUGGAACUUAUAAAGUUAAUUAGUAAACCAUUUAAGGAUUAAAUACUCCCUUGCAUUUUGCAGUAAUGCAUGAAAACGUCAAAGCGAUGCAAGCACUGUUGAAAUUCCCGGGAAUAUAAAUGAACAUUAAGAAUAGAGAGGGUAAGAUUCCCUAUGACUUGGCUCAUCUUAUUGCCAAUAAAACUAGUUAAUUCCAAAUAUGCAAUACCUUAUAAAAGGCUCUCUCGCAAUAAUUCAAGGUUGGUAUCUAGCAGACACCCUCUCUAUUCGCUAAGUUGACUUAAUAAGCAUCUGAAAAUCAGAGUCAAUACCAUGCCAAGCAGGUCUCCAUUAAUGAAGAUCAUCUUCUUGAUCCAUCGCCUGUUAAGUAAAAACUGCAGUCUAAGAAUCAUCAAAAAACAAUAAUGCCUCAUCACUAGUUUACUAUAACAGAGCAUGGACAUCUCUAUGAAAAUGUGCCUUUAAAGUAAAAAGAACUUAAGAUAAUAGACUAGGAUGAAGAUUUACCACUUAUUAGGAUUCAUGAAUCAAGCAGUUCUCUAAAUGAACUGGCAAGUGGAACUAAUACUAUGGCAAACAAGGAUUCCUAUCACUAAGACAAUCCUGAAUUUCAUUCAUAGCAGACCUGCAGUCCACUAGGCGGCUAAUACACUUCAAGCAAACUUCUAGAUGCCAGAGACAUCCUUAAAACGAAACUAGCUGAAUACAGUGAGUACGUUAGGAAUCCACAUCUACUUGUGGGAAAAUUCCCUCUGGAAAUAUACAAGAAAUGGUUUGACUAGUACAACCAAAUGUAUUCAAAUAGAGAGCAUGAAAGGCUUUCAGAGCUAUUCGCUGAGAUGUAUGCUUCUUUGAAAGAUAAACAUGACUAAUCGAUUAAACAGUAAAUAGCAAUGAUGUAGGCAGGGCCUUUAAAAGAUGGUCAGAGAAACUCUGAUGCUUACAUUCUGGGAAAGAGAUAAUUUAACAAUGAGAAUUAUUUGACAUUUAAAUAAAUCGAGGGUUAUAUAGAUCUAAUAACUUAGAGAUUUGAAAUGAGUCCUCAUGAGGGCAAGUUAUUUAAAGAUUUUCUGCCCAUUUAUUAUGAAGACACGAAAAUAUCAAUAGUUGAGUUUUGCCAAAAUAUGAUGAACAAAUUUAGGAUAUAUUAACAGACUAAGUAGUACCUAACUGAUAAUAAGUGA